CCAUUCAUUUGCGUAAAACCUAUAUUUGUGUGUUUAUAAAAUAACCUUUGUCUAUAAAAGCAGUUAACCGCAGUUACUUGUUAAAGGAAAAGAGUCAUUUCUGGAAAAAGUGUCUAACUGGUAAAAGCGUGUGUGUUUUCGCGGAAAAGCGUCUUUUCGAAAUUAUGCCUCUGUUCGGAUAUAAAAUUGUUACGUUUUGUUUUAAGAUGUUAACAAUCAUUCAAAUAUGUUCAGCAGAACAAAAUUUCAAACAUAAAGCUCGUAUUAAUUAUAAACUCAAAGCUGAGCAGAUAUUAGAAGAAAUCAGAUCAAACAGCCUUGCUAAUUGUUUGAUAUAUUGUCGCAUGCAGCAAGAUUGUAUUACGGCGUCAUUUAAAUCACCGGCAGGAAAUUGUCUGUUGUCGUCGUACGAUACAAUUGAUGACAGCGGAAGUGGACCUGGCAUUCCUGGGGGAUUAGUGUAUGCAGAAGGAUGGACUACAAUGACACGGAUUAGAUACCCAGUUUUUCACGCCGUUGGACAGUACUCAAUUUACAGCAUGACGUUUGAACAAGCUCAACAACAAUGUGUUGACUAUGGAACAACAAUGGCGACUCCAUCUGACCUUCUGCAAGCACGAUCCUUGGGGUACCAGGCAUGUGUCGUAGGCUGGCUGUCUGAUGGAACCAAUGGCUAUGUUAUGCAGUAUCCUGUACAAGGAUGCUUAUUCAGUGAAUCCAUUAUAAUUUACAAUAGCCCUCUCGCUAAUGUUUACUGUAAAUUGAAUUAAUGAAUUCUUUAAGUCGUGUUAUGACUUGUAACUAUUAUUUAUUUCAUUGUGUCUAGCAGACAUUGGAAUUAUAUUUUCACACUUUUACAGUGAAAGUAUAAAUUUAAAUUAGAUUUUUAAUUUUCACAGAAGUCGGGCUAUAUUUGAAAGCUUUAGAACGGCAAAAACCAUAAAGACACGGAAAGAUCGUGAGACACGCACAAACUUAUUUACACAUAUCAAGUUUUAAAAUGAAACAUUACAGAAGUGUAACCUGUGUAUCGUUUUCUGUUUAUCACUGGAAUAUUGUAUCCUCCGUGUUAUGUUGUAUUUGGUUGGUAUUUGCAUAACUGUGUCGUCGUUUGUUUGCCAAACUGUGGUAAUGUUAUUGUAUAGUCUGUUUUGUAAGAGAGGUCACUGUAAGUUGAAAGGUUGUAUGAAUAUGUUCACUAAUAUUUCACGUGCAUGAGUCUAAAAUCCCCGCGAAACAUCUUCUUGCUUAAAUAAAAUAUUUCCCUUUGCCAGUUCCACAUAGUACGAGUAAAUGAUAACAUACUUUACAGUAUAGUUGUACUAUUUGUUGUUACUUAAUAGUAAACUUGAACAUUGUUUAUUGUUAAAAAAUUCUUGUAUGCUGAUCCUGGCUCGUUUUGUGUAUGUCGAACAAUAAAAAGAUUAAAUAAAAGCAAGUCUUCAAUCUUUUAUCUCCGGUUACAGAAGUAUAACAGGGAUUGCACCAUAUGAUCUCCUGAUUUGAUGACUCCAAGAAGGAUAUUCCUUUUUCUUUGUGUAUAGUUACAAAAAUGGAGCAGUCAAAACGUAUUUUUCUGCAUUGUUUUACAGGUUGGGGUGGAGCGGAACAAAUAAUAUAUCUAUAUGAUACCAGAACAGCGAAUAAUUUUAUUCUCAAAUGAUAUUUCUUGAAGAACGGUGUACUAAAAAGAUAAUAUGAAACAAUAUUUAUUUAUUUUGCAUUGUUUUUAGAAAUUUUAUCAUGGCCUCUCUUUACUGUGUUUCCGCGAGGGCGCUUGUUAUUUUUUUUAAAUUAUGGAAAAGCAAUGAAAAAAUUUCAGGUCGAUCUGUCUCAUGUCAAAAGAAGAUUUUAAACAAAAAAAGUAAUAAAAUCAAAUGUCUCGAGAGUUUAGAAAACACAUAAGAACUGUCACACCGAUACUGCACUUAUUGUUGAUUUAUUUCAUGUUUUGUCCGUUGGAUGUAGUUCUUCUGAUUAUGAAAAGUUGAACAGCUUUAUAUAUUUAAUAAUUGCUAUUUAAGACAAACAGAAAAUAUAACAUUUUUA